UCAGCAUCUAUUUCAUGUUUCUUCCCUUACUUAACUGUCUAGCUGAUGUGUCAGCAACAUGGACUUGGGAAAUCAAACAAGGGUUUCAGAAUUUUUACUCCUGGCAUUUUCCCAACACCUAGAGGAUCAACAGAUGCUCUUUGCACUGUUUCUGUCCAUGUACCUGGUCACCGUGCUGGGGAACCUGCUCAUCAUCCUGGCCGUCAGCUCUCACUCCCACCUCCACACCCCCAUGUACUUCUUCCUCUCCAAUCUGUCCUUGGCUGACAUCGGUUUCACCUCCACCACAGUCCCCAAGAUGCUGGUGAACAUCCAGGCGCAGAGCAAUGCCAUCAGCUAUGCAGGCUGCAUCGCCCAGAUGUAUUUUUUCAUGGUUUUUGGAGUCAUGGACACAUUUCUCCUCACCGUGAUGGCCUACGACCGGUAUGUGGCCAUCUGUCACCCCCUGUACUACCAUGUCAUCAUGAACCCCUGUCUCUGUGGCCUGCUGGUUCUUGUGUCCUGGUUCCUCAGCUUGUCAUACUCCCUGAUCCAGAGUCUGUUGAUGCUGCGGGUGUCCUUCUGCACCAGUUGGGUCACUCAGCACUUUUACUGUGAGCUUGCUCAGGUCCUCAUGCUUGCCUGCUCAGACACACAUGUCAAUUACAUCCUGCUGUAUGUGGUGACCGGCCUUCUGGGCUUUGUACCCUUCUCAGGGAUCCUUUUCUCCUACACCCAAAUUGUCUCCUCCAUCCUGAGAAUCUCAUCCACAGAUGGGAAACACAAAGCCUUUUCUACCUGUGGAUCUCAUCUGUCUGUGGUUUCUUUAUUCUAUGGGAUAGGUCUUGGUGUGUAUCUUAGUUCCAAUGCAUCAUCCUCUUCCUGGCGGGGCAUGGUGGCCUUGGUCAUGUACACUGUGGUCACCCCCAUGCUGAACCCCUUCAUCUAUUGCUUGCGGAACAGGGACAUCAAGAGGACCCUAGAGACACUGCUUCGGAGAAUGCUGCAUGCUCAAUGACGGGGACAUUGGUCCUGGGCUUCUGAGUUGGCAGAGGUAGCAGCAGUGAGCUAAAGAAAUUCUGGACCAGCCUGGGCAACAUAGCAAGACCCUGUCUCUACAAAAAAAAUAUAAAAAUUAGCCAGGCAUGGUGGUGUGUACCUGUGGUCCCAGCUACUCAGGAGGCUGAGGUGGGAGGAUCUCUUGAGUCCAGGAGGCUGAGGCUUCAGUGAGUCGAGAUCAUGCCACUGCACUCUAGCCUGGGCAAUAGAGCCAGACUCUGUCUCAAAAACAACAGCAACUAAAGAAAUUCUGCCUGUAGGCCAGGCGCAGUGGCUCACACCUGUAGGCGCAGUGGCUCACACCUGUAUUCCCAGUGCUUUGGGAGGCUGAGACAGGAAGAUCACUUGAGACCAGAAGUUCAAGACCAGUCUGGGCAACAAAGAUAGUAAAAUGUCUCAAAAAAAGAAAUUCUGCCUCUUAAUCUCAUGGAAUUUGUUUCUGUGUUUCUCUGUCUUUGGUCAACAUUAAUUUGUGAGUACUGUGAGUACUUUGUAUGAGUCUUAUACAAAGAGACUUCUCUGUUAUCCUUCAGUUCUACCCUUUCAUCUCCUCCUUUUACAUUUUCCACGACUGCACCUCAGCUUGGUGUUUGUAGAUUUGUUUCUGU